UGUCCAUCAGACUUCCGAUGCGUGCUCGUUUGUUUGUCUGUCGCGGUGGCGUGGCGACGACACACCAGACCGUUGCACACGGCACCGCAACGACAGGCAAAUGAGCACGCGCCAACCACGUCACGUCACACGAGCUCACACACCCACACAACACAAGACACACACUAUUUAUCAUGAGUAUGUCACCCCUGCCCAUGCCUGUGACGGCGCUCAUACAUAGAUAGCAUAGAUACCUCCCUCGAUGAGCGGAGCGGAGUGCGCUGUGCCGCCACAUGUUGCAAUAGCAAAAAGGCUGACUGAUCGAAAACUGCUCGUGCAAUAAAUACAUACACAUCAACACAUACAGCAUGGCGAAUCGGGCACAGGCACUGGAAUACAGCAACAACGGAGGCCGUCGAGGAUGCUACCUACCGGGUGAUAAAACCACACACAUGAAUCACCGACCGACUCUGGCUAAGGUACACACACCAUUCCAACCAACCCUGCACUCACCCCACGCACAAUCACGGUACAAAAAGGAUCUCUCUCCCUGCCUGCCUGCCCGGCUCUCCCUCCUGUCAGUCAGUUUGUUAGCAUCAGCAUCAGCAGCAGCAGAAGCGCUUUGUCUUGGGGCCAGCGGCUCGUCGUACGGGCGGCUCAUAGACGUAGUAGGGGUAGCCGUGCAGGUAGGGGUAGUACUGGGGAGGGUAUCCUGCACCUGCAUAAGUGGCGGGAUAGCUGCCGUAGCCGGGAUGGCUGCCGUAGCCGUAGGCGCCAUACGCUCCGGGAUAACCCUGCAUGUACCCUGCACACACCGCACCGCACCAGACACCACACACCAGAGAGAAGCACGACAGACAGGCAAAUCAUCCGGUAGGCCAUUCUUGGAUUGGAUGCGUUUCAGAUUCUUUUCUCACCGGCCAUAGCAGCAGCAUGUACGUCAGCGGCGUUGCUUGCCUCUGCCAUGGGUGCCAUGGCCAUAGCGGUGCCGGCACCCAUCUUGCCCGCCUCCGUCCCAUGACCCGCCAUGGUCGGCGCCCCAUUCGACGCACCGGCAGCACCACCACCGCCGCCCACUCCAGCAGCAGCAGCAGUGUGUGGCCCAGCAGAGAGGCCGUAGGCCGGCAUGGGCAUGGGCAGUCCGGCGGGCAGGUAUGGGUAUCCUCCCACUCCAGGGUGGUAGGGAGGGGGGUUGUAUGAGUACGACGAGGCGGGAGAAGCCGAGGCGGCCGGCGCAGGCAUCGUCGACGAGUCCAUGAUCCUCGGGGGAGGAGGGGGAGCUGGAGCUGUCUGCCAAAUGCCUCUUCCUGCGGGGGGCGGUGCUGGUGCUGGCGCUGGUGCUGGUGCUGCUGCUGCUGGGGGAUAUCGUGCGUGAAUGGGCGGAUGCUGAACAAGAUCUGCGCGUGGUGGAUCAGGGACGUAGAUGAUGUGCUCAAAUGACACAAACGACAUGCGCGGGUAAGCACGUCGCCACACAGAUCCUGACG